AUGAAUAAUAACAGACACAUCAACUUAGAUAUAGAUACACUGAAGCACGAGCUACAGCAAGAGACAGCAACCCCCAAAGCAAAAGACUCACUCGCAGUCUUUGCAGUGCUUUCUUCCCGCAUAAAAAACUCCUUCGAAGACGUCCCAGAGGAAAAGCGUGCUGAAGUCAGUGCGCUUGUGGACGCUUUCCUGCAGGAAAACCUUAAAAACACAUUCAGCACGAUAAUUAAUGCACAGUGUGCAGCAAUUCCUGAAACAAUCAAAAUCCUCACGAAAGAAGUCGCAUACGAAGUCCCUCUCGAACGCACACGAGAACUCUUCAAUCUAAGCAGAGAAAUACAGAUUUUCAUUCUACAGCAGGAGAUCGAAUACAGAAACUUCUCUAUGCAAACUGUCAGAAAAAAGAUCAAACUGUAUAAUUACUGCAAGGAAGCCCAGCAAUACACCAUUUCCCGCUGCACGGAGAUACUCCAGAACAAAACAAUAGAAAAAUUCGACAAGACCAAGCUCGAACGUGCCCUCGCCCUGGACACUGAAGAAUUAAAAUCCAUCGAUAAGAGCUUAAACAGUUUCCUGAAGACAGAGGAAGAAGAAAUAGCUGCUCUAGAAAAGACUAUGAUGAACCAGUAUAUAUUGUGUGCUAAAGAAAUUAUUUUAGAUUUAGAAAAGUACGCUUUAAAUCGGAUAGUUGAGAAGUUUAGAGCGCAUCUUUCCAAUGACAGGCUAAGACCUAACGUAUAUUUUUACCUGAAAGAAUUAACGGAAAAUAACGGCAAGUAUAUACAACUAGACCAGAUAGAGGCUUUGGAAAAGCAGGGGAUGAAUAGCCCAUAUGUUUGCUUACAUAGAGGAAGGAUCAGUGAGUAUCUGGCAGAAAAGACGGGCCUAAGUAAGAUAGAGGCCAUGGUUGAGUGUGUGAAGGAAGCGAAUGAUUCGGCUCGGCAUUCGUUAAUUUCCGGACGUAGACAUUUUAAAAAUAUAAUAACCGGGAAAUCAGCCAUUUUUAUGGUGGAUCUAUUGUAUAGUGCUAUGAAAAUGAUGAAAGAAGACUUGCAAGAACCUGAAAAAACGGAAAUGGAAGAGUUUUUGAAGGUUCUGGUGGAAUUUUCUAGCGGGCUAAUCUCGAUUCGGAACAGCUCCUUCAAAGAACUGGACGGGAUCGAGGACACCUUGGAAAUAGACCAUACACUGGAGAAGCUGUCAGAUACUCGCGUGAGAAACAAAUUUGCGCGCUUUAACGAUGAUUUUAGGAAAAUACAGGAGAAAUUUCCAAUUGGGGAGAUAGAAUCAGGUUAUGAAAAGGCUUUUUAUGCUCUGAAAACCCAUCCACGCACAAAACACGAAACGGCAAGGCAGAUGCACAGAAACGCCAUGGAGGCAGAAGAGCAUCUUAAAAGGCUGCGGGGGGUUGAUGAAGGAACAACCAGAAAAGACUGUGAUCUUAGGGUUGCAGAGUAUGAAAAAUUUGCAAGGGAAACGGAAAUGCCUGAUUCGGGUUAUUCAGGUGCUAUCGAGAACAUAACGCGUGAAAGCCUGGAAGAUGGAGUUACUCCGCGUGAGGUCAAAGCUAUGCUCUCAAAUAUGAACAUGCUCCAUGACAUAUGGACUGAAGAGCUGGAAGAUGAGACCAAGGAGUCUGAGAGAGUAGAAUUGAAGAAAAGUCUAUCGGAAACUGAAGAAAAGAUACGGAUUCUUAACCAGAAACUGCUUUCAUUUGCGGAUUUAAGCAAGGAAGAAGCCCAAAAGGAAGAGUGUCUCCGUUACGCUUAUCUGACAAAGUAUAAGAAUGAGUGUCUUAAGCAUAUAGACGUACUUAAGAAGGAGGCAGAGGCUGAAAUGGUCCCACUGGCUAGGGAAGUUAUGCGGAAAAUUGAAGAGAUCCCGAAUAACCCGGAGCUCAGUGAAAAAGUGGAACAAAUGCUUGAAGAAAUCAUUGAGAAGGAGCCCCACCGUCUGCUGACUUCGAAGUUUAUCGCCGAAAACGAAUACUUUUGGGAUGAAAUGCCAAAGAUGGUAGAUCAGCUCGACAAGAAGAUAGCUGAAACUUUGGGUGAAGCUUCAGAUGAAGCUGUAGAUGAAGCUGUAGAUGAAGCUGCAAAUGAAGCUGCAGAUGAAGCUGCAAAUGAAGCUGUAGAUGAAGCUGUAGAUGAAGCUGCAGAUGAAGCUGUAGAUGAAGCUGCAGAUGAAGCUGCAGAUGAAGCUGUAGAUGAAGCUGCAAAUGAAGCUGUAGAUGUAAGAACUGGUGGAAACCGCAAGUACCACCUUACGCUUCAAAAUUCGAUCCUCGCACUUUUCUUCAUCUUUAUGAUUCUGUCUCUAGGCCUGGUGUGCAAUUCGGAAUUCGCGUGA